AUGGAUAUGACAACUUCAGACAUGGAUAUGACCACCAUGUCCACCAUGUCAAACACAACCACAAUGGACAUGUCCAUGAUGUCAAUGACCUUCUUCAUCUCCAAAACCACCGCCCUCUACUCCACCAUGUGGACACCAACAACCGAUGCCGGCUAUGCAGGAACCUGUAUCUUUCUCGUUCUCCUCGCUACACUCUUCCGCGGACUUCUCGCCGUCAAGGCCUGGAAAGAAAGCGCAUGGCUUGCCGAAGAAACCAAUCGUCGCUACGUUACCGUUGCUGGAAAGGGUCCCAAAUCCGAGCGUAUCAGCAUAGACAGCGAUUCGAAGAAUAUGACACUUAGUGAGAAUGGCGUUGAGGAGAAUGUAAUGGUUGUUAAGACACGUACUAUGGGUGUUAGACCAUGGAGAUUGAGUGUCGACCCUGUGAGAGCGAUUAUGGAUACUAUUAUUGCUGGUGUUGGCUGGUUACUUAUGCUCGCCAUUAUGACUAUGAAUCUCGGAUAUUUCUUGUCUGUCUUGGGCGGUACAUUCCUUGGAAGUUUGGCAUUAGGUCGUUAUGUCAUUGCUUUUGAGCACUAG